GUUUGCUCUCUCCUUUUACACUUUGUGUAGUUUUCUGUUACUUAUUAUUUUUUACACUUAUUUUAUUUUAUUUUUGCAAUCAGCUGCUGGUCAUUUGCAAUACCUCUUGUUCUACCCUUUGUAUUUUCACUAUUCCGCGUUACUACCCUUCCUACCUUUCUUUCUCUCUUUAUUUUCUUUAGCUGCAAGCAACAAUACUAUUAAGGGCAUUUCAGCAAUGUCAAGCGAAUUCGACUAUUCCUCUGGCAGUGUCGAGCUGCAGAGCCACAACUCUGGGGGUGCCUCGGGCCAGUUUUUGCAGGGCACCAUUCUGCAGGUUGGAAGCCAGUCUUGUGUGGUGCAGCGGUUCCUAUCAGCUGGUGGCAAUGCGAACAUCUAUCUCGUUACGCUGAUUAGUGACGGCAGCGUGCACGUUCUCAAACACAUUCCAUUCGCCAGCAGGAGCGACGACCCCGAGCAUAGGCAGCGCAUACAGCGGGAGAUCAAUGUCAUGACGCAGCUGAGCGGUCACCCACAAAUUGUCGCACUGGAGGCAGCCGAGAUCAGCGACAGCAGCGCGUACAUACUGAUGGAGCACUGCUCGGGUGAUGUGCUGGCGCUGAUGAACACGCGGAUAUCGAUGUUCUUGGACGAAGCCACAAUCCUGCACAUAUUCAGCGACGCGUGCAAGGGCGUCGCCCACAUGCACUACCAGCAGCCGCCCUUGCUGCACCGCGACCUCAAAGUGGAAAACAUUCUCGUCACCAGCAGUGGCAAUUACAAGCUGUGCGACUUUGGCUCGGCCACAAGCAAUAUGAUCAGCCCUGAUGCACGGAUACCGCGAAGACAUCCACGCAUGACGACGCUGGAGUACCGGGCGCCCGAAAUGAUCGACCUGUAUUUGCGCCGCGGCAUCAAUGAGAAGGCCGAUAUCUGGGCGCUCGGGGUGCUCUUGUACAAGCUGUGCUAUUUCAAGACCCCCUUUGACAACGCCUCCCCCUUGGCCAUUCUCAACGCCGAGUAUUCGAUUCCC